AUGCAGGUGAAAUUCGAGCCAUUGAAGAACGACCUUUUGCUCAGGGCCGCGAGAGGCGAGAAGGUGGCACGCCCUCCCAUUUGGGUCAUGCGCCAAGCCGGUCGUUAUCUUCCCGAGUACCACGAAGCCAAAGGCAACCGCGAUUUCUUCGAAUGCUGUCGCAGCCCCGAGAUCGCUUCGACUUUGACCCUCCAGCCCGUGGAACGGUAUGCCGGACUUAUCGAUGCCGCGAUCAUCUUCUCGGAUAUUCUCGUCAUCCCCCAGGCCAUGGGGAUGCUGGUGGAAAUGGUCGACAAGAAGGGGCCGCACUUCCCCGAACCGCUCAAGUCGCCGGACGAUGGACAAUAUGAGCGGGUCAUGCAGAAACAGGUCGAUGUGAAGUCGGAGCUGGACUACGUCUACAAGGCCAUCACCCUCACCCGUCACAAGCUGCAAGGUCGCGUGCCCCUCAUCGGCUUCUGUGGAGCCCCGUGGACCUUGCUCUGCUACAUGGUUGAAGGUGGAGGCAGCAAGCUGUUCGUUCAGUCGAAGACGUGGGUCUACAAGUACCCCAAGGAGUCGCAGGCGUUGCUGCAGAAGAUCGCGGAGAUCUGUGUGGAAUAUCUGGCUCUUCAGGUCGCGGCGGGCGCCCAGCUGGUUCAGGUCUUCGACUCGUGGGCGGGUGAACUGUCCCCGUCGUCCUUCCAGUCGUUCUCUCUGCCUUACUUGCGCCAUAUCUCGGCCAACUUGCCCAAGAAGCUGACUGAGAUGGGACUGGAGCCGGUUCCGAUGACCGUCUUCGCCAAGGGCGCGUGGUAUGCUCUGGAGGAUCUUUGCGAGUCGGGCUACAACGUCGUUGGACUCGACUGGUUGCACGAUUCGGCCGAGGCUAUGCGCAUUGCCAAUGGCCGAGUGACCAUUCAGGGUAACGCUGACCCUGGUGUGCUCUACGGAGGCCCGGAGGCUAUCACGCCGGUGGUCGAGAAGAUGGUCGAAGGAUUCCGCAAGGGCAAGCAAGGAUGGAUUGCUAACCUGGGCCACGGUAUCACCCCCUUCGUCAAGCCGGAGAAUCUGAAGUUUUUCUUCGAAGAGAUCCAUCGCCUUACUGCUGCUUAA